AUGGAAUGGUGUUGUGAGGUAUGCUUUACGACGUUUAGUCGACCAGAGCACUUGAAGCGCCACUCAGCAUCCCACGAUACCGCCCGACCGCAUGUCUGUCCAUGUGGAAACUCUUUCAAACGCAGUGAUGCAUUGCGUCGCCAUGAGCGGACAUGCAGGUCUCGUGGCUCUGGCUCCGUCAAGGCCGAGAGCCACUCCGAGCAUCAGGAAUAUGUGAACCCAGAGGAAAUACCCCAGCCCAAAAGAGUGUGUCUCGCAGCAGAUUUAGUACCAAUAGCGGAUAUUACUCAGGUUUCUCACUCUGCUCUGGCUCCGUUCGACAUCGCAGCAGCCUCGAAUACCCUAUCUGGAGAACGAGAAUGCAACAUAUCACCUUACCCACAUGUACAGAACGACAAAAGUGUCUCACACCAUACCAGUGACGAUUCAUCCUUCUCAGACCCUUUUCUUGAUCCGGCACAUCUAUUGCAAAACAUGCCGUCACCUCUCGAUUUUUCGGCUCUGGAUCUUCUCUUCUCCUCCCAGAUAACGUCAGAUAUUAUCCUAGCCGAGAGACUAGAGCAUCUCGCAUACUUCACUAGCUCAACGGGCAUGUCCACAUUCACGGACCGUGAAUCAUUUCGAUGGAGACAGAAUCUAGUUGCCAAUGCUUAUGAGGAUAAGGUCACACCAGUUGGGCGACAAACCCACCCAGGACCACAGGACUUGGCUCCAAUACCAGUGUGUGACCCUCUGGUCCCCAAGUCCCUGGAGAUACUGCAAAAUCUACGAAAUGUUACUUGCAACAAGAGGAACCAUGACAUUAUCACCUUUGACUGGUCCUCGGAAACACACGAUCAAUGCCAAAUAUUUUUCUCAACCCCAAACAUCCGCCGUUUCCUAGAGUAUUUUUGGUCCCUUUGGUACCCGAACUGCCCUAUUAUCCACAAGCCGCUGUUCAACCCUCGCACAGCGAUUCCUGCAUUGAUAUCCGUGAUGGUAGUCAUUGGAGCAUGUCUAUCUCCCUACGAAGAAGACGCCAAAGCAGCUAGAAAAUGGCUUGAUAGCAUCGAGGAAUUCAUAUUCUCGGAUGAGUGCUUCCGGGAUAAUCCGCCACCUAGCGGCAAUGAUCUGAAAUGGAAAAAGAAACGAUUGCAGAUCAUCCAGGCUGGAUAUCUGGUCUGCUCACUUCAAAAGAGGGAGGGUCCCAAGGACGCACAGGCCAGAAUUAGACGGUAUCGCCAUGCAUCAAUGGUCACCCUAGCAAGACAGAUCGGAAUUGGAAGUGCCUUCCAUAGAAAUCUGAAGACCCAUGACGGAUCGCAAAUGUGGUGGCAACAAUUUGUGGAAGAAGAAGAAAUGAAACGAACAAUCACAUUCGUUUUUCUUAUCGAUGCAGCACAGGUUAUAUUCCACAAUUCACCACCUCGAAUAAUGGUCUCCGAAUUGAAGAUGGAUGUCUCGUGCCCGGAAGCAUGUUUCCAAGCUGAAUCUGCAGGCGAAUGCCUAGCACUGUUCGAGGAAUGGACCAAGACCCGCUUCUGGCGAAGAAAGGUUUCAAUUGUAUCAGCCGUACGACAAAUUUGUCAGGCUGAGAUUGAUGACGACUUAGUUCAAGAGUUCUCUGCUAUUGGGACUUUGAAUCUAUUCACAAUGGUUCAGGCAAUUCAUUCUCUCAUGUUCCAUCUACAAAAUUCUCUCAUUUUCAAGACAACCUUCGCCCCAGUACAGACCGGUCUUGAUAACUGGAGACGAAUUUGGGAUAAGAGGAUACCAGAAGACAACGAUAUCCCUGUGACAGCCGAGAAUGCAUGGAAACUCAUUGGAUUCCUCCGCCAUGCAUCGGAAUUCUGGCACUUGGCACGCAUCAAAACCGCCAAGAUUGUUUCGAUGGCGGAUGACGACCAGACUGAAGAUGAAGAUACAUAUGAGACAUCAAGAUACGACCAUACGGAUAUGGGAGAGGUCAAUGGAUUGAUCAUGGAAUAUCGAAGAAUGAACUUGGGGAUGAUUUGA